CUGGCUUCCAACACAGGCUGCAGAUGCGUGCUUGUGGGGAAUACUUUGCACGCUAGCAGCCGGAGGCAAGUGCUGUCCACCUGGUUGAUAUCCACCGGUGCCGAUUGUUUCCGCGCUGAUUGUUUCACUGGGGGUCCGUUUUUGUCAAUAGACUACGCAUCUGAUGGGGAAUUGCUUGAGUUGCCAACGAUGCUGUCCCGGCAGCGUGGAAGUGCUCGCCGAGGUGUUAACCUCUGGGGACCGGGGCGGCGAGCGCAUUCGCAAGGCGCGCACUCUCUGUGGCGGGGCGCAGCGGUGCAGCGGCAUGGACGCGAGACGAUCGAGCGGGCUGGACGUGUCAGGCCGAGCAGAGGGGAGCGCCUGGCAGGAUGUCUUCAUGCUCCUCCGCCAGCGGAACUCUCUCGUAACGCCGCAAGGGGCGGCAGCAGCAGCAGCAGCAGCGGGGGUCUCACCCCAGGCCAACACCAUGGCAGCAGCUACUCAGGGCUGUGAGCGUUGGGUCGCUCGGCCAUCCCUCACCAAAUCCCGCACGCUUCCCAGCAUCCCCCAGUCGCCGCCCAGCCCGCGUGCGUCGCGGGUCUCCGGGUGCAAUGGCACGGCGGAGAAACGGCGGCGCAGGCUGCCAUCUACGCCGGCCAGCGCUCGCCUCUGUCCGACGACCCCUCCAGGUGACGAGGACGAGGACGACGACGACUUCCAGUUUCCGCUCUCGCCCAAAGUCGAGAGGCUCGCCCUGGCCAGGAGCCACCAGCCUCUCCCGCAGAUCUGCCUCCCCGAUGACUGCCCCUUCGAGAGACCACAGCAGCAGCAGCAGCAGCUGCGGCGAUCGCGUACGCUGGGCCCAGGCCACUUCCGCAAGAGCCACUCGGUGGACGAGAGCCUGGGCCAAGCGCAGGACUCGAGCGGGAACCUUCCGUCGCGGGGCCACACCAGCAGGGCCGACGGCUGCCGCGCCGGACUCAAGCGCAAAGCCAGCCUUGGUUCAGUGGAUCGCCGUGAUAGUCAGCUAAAGAGGUUUGAGGGGGGCCUGGCGAGAUUGACCCAGCGGCUCAACCACAAGGAGCGGCGGCAGAGCCAGGGAAAUGUGCUGAGUGACCGCCUCGCGUUGCCGGAGGUUAAUCGCCAGAGAUCUGUCAGCUUUGACUGGUCCUGCACAGGAAAGAUGGCGCAGCCGCUGCGCGACGUCCCCUUGCCGAACGCUUCCCGCCGGAUGGCUGCGGGCGGCACGGGGGCCCCAGGGAACCCCUCGUCGCCCAGCGCCGCCAAACGCCUCUACCGAAACCUCUCGGGGAAGUUCCGCAGCAGCAGCUCGUCCUUCGAGGAGGCCUGUGGCAACAGCGGAGGCGGCGGUGGCAGUGGCGGAGGGCGCUCGGACAGAGACCGCCAGCGCAAGUCGUCCACUGGCUUGUCAUGCGUCGAGGCAAUGUUUGAGGCGGUGGAGCAUCAGGACAUGGACACGGUGCAGGGCCUGCUGUCCCGCCAUUCGGCCGAGGAGCUUGACCUCAGCUCGCCCAACAGCGACGGCCUCACGCCUCUCGACAUUGCGGUCAUGACCAACAACGUGCCCAUCGCCCGCAUGCUGCUGACGGCCGGAGCUCACGAGAGCCCCGAGUUUGUGAGCACCGGCAAGCGGCUGGCGCUCUUGGCAGGGCUGGUGGAGGACGCGGAGCGGCGAGCGGACGAGCUGAUGGCCGCGCUGGCCAGCGAGCCGGCCUCGGCCGAGGCCACCGAGUGGCAGAAGCAGCUCCGAGCCUGGGAGUGGAGGCAGCGGCUUUUCCGGCGAAUGGUGUCCGGCAUUCAACAUGCAUCAGUCCCCGAGGCGCCAGCCCAGGUGUGUCUGUCAGUCACGGGGGCCGACAGCCUCGCCGUCACUUUCCAGGAGCCGCACAGCGUCAACUCGGCGGUCGUCACGCGAUACCGCGUGGAAUGGAGUCUCAUGGAGGAAUUUGAACAGCUUGCAGGAGAAGCUGUGCUGGAAGAUUGCCACUCUUUAUGCUACCAAAUCAGAGGGCUGACCUCGGGCUGUGAAUAUUACGUGCGCGUGAUGGCUUACAACAUGAAAGGAUGGGGUCCCACACAGACUUCACUUCCUGUCUUUGCGAUCCCAUCGGACUGGCGGCAGUGCGAUGGGCGGGAGGUCCGGGACACCAGACAUCAGACGGAGGCUCUGGAACACCUCUUGAAGCAGGUCAAGAAUGCCCGGCAGCAGUGGGACUUUCGAGAAAACUCCAAGAUUCAGGGUCCAAGCCGUAAACACUCCGUAUCCAAGAGCCUCAAGUAUCUCUUCCAGUCAACCAGCAAGUUUGUCAAGAGUCUGAAAAGGGGGCUUUACCUCGCCACGGUGUUCUACCAGGGGGAGACUGUCCUCGUCACACACGAAGAUCAGAUCCCGGUGGUGGAAAUCGACGACUCCUACCCCAGCCCGCUCAACCAAGACUUCCUGUGGUUCACCAAACUGUCCUGCAUGUGGGAGGAGGUGCGGGGCCUGCGGCACGGAGCCAACACCCUCUACUCAGCCUCCUCCGCCCUGCAGUCCCGCCAGAGGAUACUCCUGGCGAUCUCGCAGAUGCAGCACCUGAUAGGAACACAGGACCUGGGGCAGCCGUACCACGAGCUGGUGAAGGACAAGCAUGGCAACGCGCUGCUGGUGACCCUCCGGGAGGUCGAGGCCCCUCAGGGGCUGCCGGGCGGGCGCUGGCAACACGUGAGCCGGCUCCAGAGCCAGCGCAAGUCUCUCUCCACUCCCGAGGAGCCCUCGGCCCUCGACAUCCUGCUCAUCACCCUCCAGGACAAGCUGUCCUACCACCGGGCGAGCCGACAGACCCUGCCGCCCGGUCUCUACCUGGGAUACCUGAAGCUGUGCAGCUCCGUGGACCAGAUCAAGGUGCUGGUGCCACAGCGCAUCCCCAACAGCCUGGUGCACCUCAAGGUUCGCGACAAUCCCCACGUCUCUCGUGAGGAGUGGGAAGGUUUGAGCCGGAUUUCGGGACCCGUGGACAUCGCAGGUGGCCCUGGACUCGGGGGCCCAGGCUCCAGCCAAGACGUGUUCCUCAAGCAGCUGAGCUGUGCGCUGUCGGCCCUCCUGAAACAGCUGCACAUAUCUCCACAUCAGGCCAAGGAGUUCCGCAUCUAUAACCAGGAGGUGCUGGAGUUUGGAGACCGGGUGUCGUUCAUGCUCCUCCUGCCUCCCUCGGAUGACGUUUGUGUUGCCCCGGGCCAGAGCAACGCAUACCCAACGCUCUCAGGCCUCAUCGCUCUGCCCCUGCAGAUCUUUGAGAUCGUGCACCUGCUGACGUUCGAGCGGGCCUUCAUCUCGCGCUACUGCUGCUUGUCGGCGCUGCUCGACCUGGAGCUGCUGCUCUCGCAGCAGGCGCUGCGCGAGGCCUUCUCCGACGGGGAGCUCGUCGUGGCCAAGCAGCGUCACCAGGCCGUGCUGGACUUUGUGCAGCAAGUGGACGAGGUCUGGAAGGAGAGCCGCUGGAUCAUGAACGUCCUGCAGCAUGCGCGCUACAAGCAGCCGCCCAGCGGCGUCCCGAUCCGCUGGCUCAUCGGCACAUCGGAGGAGGUGCUCAUCCCCAAGCCCAACUCGACGUCGUCCAACAUGGAGUACCUGCCCUCGCCGUCGCCCUCCCCGGACCUGCUGCGCCGCACCGCCUACAACGACCUGCAGGGCACGUCGGACGAGGACGGCUUGUCCGAGGUCUUCCUCCCCACGGACAGCGACUACGAGUCGAGCUGCGCCCAGAGCCCCAAGGAGCUCGACUUGCUCUACACGGCCCCGGCGGCCCACGCGUCCACGCCAGACCGCGGCGGCGCGACACGGCGCGGCAACGACCUCGACGAUGCCGCGCCCGACGUCCUCCAGGCGCACGACGUUCGGCGGGCCGACGCCGCCGCCGCUGCCGAGGGCGGGGGCGGCUCGCGGGCCCGCGACCUGGAGGGGCUGUUCGGCUGCAUGAACCUCGACGGCCCCGAAGCGGCGGCCGACGCGGACGCGGCCCGGGGCCGCCGCUGCCCGCGUCAACGCGGCGCCGCCGAGCGCCGGGACGGCGCCGCGGGAGACGGCCCGCAGGCCGCCUUCAGGGGCCCGUGCUACCUGGAGCAGGAGGCGGAAUGGAGGAGCGUCGUGUUCGCGCAGAGCCGCGCGGAGGACACGGAGCUCAUCGCCGCCUUCCACGCGGCUCGGGAAAACAAGCGGGUAAUGCGGCUGGACUGCGUCGAUGCUCCGGAGGACGAGAGGGCGGACGGUGACGGGACGUCGGCGCCGUCCACCUCGGCGGGGCAAGCGCGCGGCGGCGACACCGACGACGACGACGGCGGUCGGAAAGUGUGCGAGCGGCUAGGAGAAGCCGAGGCCUGCGACGCGGAGACGGAGGAGGGGAUGGAAUACUUCCCACGGACCGAGGCGGCCGUCCUGCAAAGGGUCUCCUUCCAGCUUCCCUCGGAAUUUACCGUCGAAGACUCCGUCGAGAUACCCGUGACGAGCACGUGCACCGCCAAGGACAUCGUGCGGCGAGCGCUGCAAAAGCUUGAGGAGCUCGCGAGCGGGGAGUCCCAGGAGCCUCUGCCGCCAGGCUUCCUGGAGGAGCACGUGGAGCACUUUAGCCUCGUGGCGACGAUGGGCGCCGAGGAAGCGUUGUGGCUGCAGGAGCACUGCUGCCCUCUGUCCCUGGCUCACCCGUGGGACUCGGCUACCCUGUGUGUCAGCAUCAAGCCAGACUCGCCACUCUCGUAUCUGGAGGAAAUCACCACGAAAGUUUGAUGGUGGUUUUUAUUUAUUUUUUAAAGCACACAGUGGGUCGGCCCAGUCUCGGCUGUGAUUCGUGUGUUUUGUUCAUAAAACGAAUGUCUAACGAUUAAGAUAAAAAAAAACGUGCAAAAAAAUGUUAGAUAUAUAGAAAUAAAUGCGUUAAGACACAAAUCAUGAAAUAAGCCUCAUGCAUGUACUUAUUAUUUAUCACGAUGUUUAGAAGUGAAGGAAACUUUAUUUUGAUUGACUACCUACCUACACAAUGCAAGUUUUUUUUUAUCCCCCACAACGAUUGUAUUUGUGUUUGCUUAGCACCACUAGGAACAAAAACAUAUACCCGUGGUCACGUAUUGUUUUUAUUUUCUUUGGUAAGAAUGAUCCCUAAAAUGGCCCAUAAAAAAGAAAUAUAUAUAUAUAGGAUUUAUAUUUUGUAUUUAUUGUUGAGCAGGUUGAUUGAAACUUGUAAUGUUUGGAGUAUUUGUAUGAACUCUGACACUGACAACCGGCAGCUUCGUGCGAUAUAAUAUGAAGGAGACGUAAGCUUUUUGAUUUAUCAAACGGAUAUAGUUUUUUUUGUGUGAAUAUUUAACAAAUAUAUUAAUUUAAAAUGCAUACGGUUUUAAUUUAACGUAUUGAGUCUCUGGCAAGGCUGUGUCAUGUAACAAAUGUCAUUUAUCAGGGCAAUCCUCAUUUUGUGAGUAUAAAGCAACUCACAUAUGAGAGUAAGAUUUGUAUUCGUGGAUAUUCCUUGGCUAUAAAACACAUUGUUUUAAAAGGCAAAUCCAUUCUGUGUGUACCUUCCCAACAGUUUUAAUUUAUGAAAGGAGUGUUUCCCCGAAUCUUCUUCAUCGCAAACUCUGCCCGGGCUAAUGGGGACCUUUGCUGUCCCGGUGUGAUUACGCUGAUGUGUAUCACAGGAUCUCCGAAUCCACAUUACCAAAAACAAUCAACAAUAUUCAUGUGACGAAGGCUAUUAGCCCACAACCAGCGUUCAUUUUGUCCAUGAGAUUUGUGAUUAAUAUUUGUCAAUGAGGGCAGGGAGUGGAUGAAACCCAUUCGGCGUGACAAUGCCUACAACUUCCCAACAAAGACUUAUUAAGUGUGACCCGCUGUGAUGAGACAUUGUUCACGAAAUUCUGACUAAAUCAACAUUUAACAACUUAAGAGUGGGGACGACAUUAUUCACUGCUUUCGUGCACGCGACCAAGAGCCGCGUGACUCCAAAUGAGAUCCACAAAAACGAGACUCGACUAAAAUCCGACAGGUUGCCAUCAACUCAAACUUCAGACUAUGACGCGGAUUAAAACGACGACUAAAAUCACCGCCGGCCCCCCCCCCCACCCCCCCACCCCCCCAUGCGAGUCGAGAAGAACGGCGGCACUCGAACGGAGGCCGUGGCCCGCCCGCGCGCGCGCCCGCUCGUGCGCGUGGCCACGCCACUGUCGUCGAUUUUUGCUUUUACGGGGCAGCUGAGGUUUCCUGGAAGUUACCCGUGAAAACCACCAGAUGCUUGCGGUCACGAUGUGCCGGAUCGGCUUUCACGAGGGACGCGGGCGCGCACGCAGAGGCCCUAAUGAGAGCGGCGCAAGCAGUGGCAGCAGCGGCGGCAGCUUGCCGGGUUGGGCUUCUUUGCCGCACGGCUGGACGCGGUGGCCGCUUGUCGUAGCAGCAGCAGCAGCCGGCAGCAGAGAGAGGCAGCAGAGAGAGGCAGCAACAGGUGCGGAGUGCGCACUGCAGCAGCAGCAGCAGGGCGGUCACACGAUCCGUCCCUGUGGCCAGAUGCUGGCCCCUUAGUAACCCGCUCCUUCCUGUGUCACCAGGAGGGGCACGGGGGGGGGGGGGGUUGGGAGGGGUAAGAAACGAAUUUUCGUAAUGAAUGCAACGCUUUGUCGUAUGCACACUGCUGCAUGUCUCCAAAUAUUUGGAUUAUCUCAACAUGUUUCCGAUGGCCUUUGCUUGCAGCUGACGACAAUAAAUAGUUGCACGACGGUCACCCAGUGCAAGUUCUCAAGGCAGUUAAAGGUGUUCUGAGUUUACCGCAAGAGGAUGUGAGAACACACCAUUGUGUUUGUCAUUCCGCUGCUGUAUGAGAGCCUCCCGGUGCUGCUGGAGUCAUAUGACGGUUAUUCGGGCCAUACCUCGCCACGAGGGUCAGUGCAGGUCGGUGAAUGCGGGCAGUACGAGGUGUUAAACGCACAGUUACCACGCAACAAUGGAUUUUACCUAAGUAACCUAACCCUCCGCUGACAACGUAGCCCCCCGCUAUGCACACACACACACACCACAUAUAUAUUGUACAUGUGAAAGUUUUACAUCCACUUCAUGGCCAGUAUAACGCCAUUGCGCUUGUUUUAUUUUGACUCCGCGUUCCUGCGAAAUGCUCAUCUCUCUCGUGUGCAACGGGACGAUUGCAAUUUUCUUGCACUCCAAAAAUGAAUGUUUCCCCAUGCUCCCUGUCCACCCCUUCCCUCCCUCCUCCUCCUCCUCUCUGUCAUUUCCUACUGUUUGUGAUUGUAUCGAGUCAGAGAGUUCUCAGACAAAAACAAUCCUCUGUUGCGAACCAAAUUUCUAAAAUUCCACGUUGUGUCCCACAAGUCGUGCCAAGCUUGUGCACAUGUACAGAGUGGGGGUUGUAUAACCCAAACAUUCGUCACACUCGCCAGUUGUCUCAUUCUCAUGGUCAAUUAUUCCAUUCAUAAAAUACGUUUAGGUUAUUGCGUACGGAAUAUCAAAAUAUUUACGGGAAGGAAUGUCUCGGGAUAAUGUGUUUUUCUCUCUCUUCUCGACUGAGUUGGUCAACGUUGACUGCGAACCCUUCGUUUUGUUUCUAGUUCAUAAAUAAAGAGUGCGGUGCGGUCAUUGUCACUCACCAAUGGAUCAGUCAUAUGCUGCGUAUGUAAUGUGUGCAGUAUACAUUGUGUACGUAAGAGAUAAAUGUGUGUCUGUGUGUGUAUACAAAGACAAAGAUCCCCCGUGUAGCCUUUAACAGACUGUUGAGGCAAGUGCUGUUAGCGAGCACCUAUGAAGGCCGGCACGACACACGAGGGGGUGGGUGACCAGCACCACGCUCGGCCGCCUUCGUCUCCCUCGUGGCGAUGUUACACAUCGCACCAGGUCCUCAUUUAUGGCUGAGUCGACCUAGGGGAUGCCCAGGACUGGAUCAGAUAAUUGUCACUGGUGUUGACCGUGAGCGGGAAUUGAACCCUGGUGGCCGGGUUAGUUGCGCAACGCGCUAACCGCUACACUACCGCUGUAUACAGGCACACACACACAUUAAGUUUACGUAAUGUCUACUUUCUACAUGCUUGUAUUUAUUCCAUCUUUAGUGUUGAACCAAGGAAAAUAAUGCAAUCACAAAUAAUUCCAAACGAAUAAAAAAAACGCGUUCGUUAAUAAAAUAUCUAGGGCUAUUAAAUAACAAACACAAAAUAUAUAUAUAUAUACAAAUGACUCAUCUGCAAUAGAUAUGUAGCCGUUGCAGGUGGCUUUAUUCAGGGUAAUGUUAUUUAUUAUUUUAUUAUAUAAUUUUCCCCCCCAGCAAAUCUUGAACACUGGUUCGUUUUUGUUGUUGUUGUUGUCGCCGUGCAGCUGUGCAAGACAAGCGAAGAGAACACACAAUGGAAAAGCUGCACUGCCCAACUUGCAAAUUCCGUCGUGCUGUGUGUGUGGCUCUGAUGCAUUUGCGGGUUUGUGCCGCGUGCUCAUCAGCGCGAUGUCCAUCGUGUCGGGGCUUCGAGCAGUCACGCAGCGCGAACCACCCCCAACAACCGCAUCGGGCACGAUCGCUUUUGAACACCUUGUACGCUGGCACCCGUAGACGCUUGAAUGUUCAGCACGUUUCCCUGAAGGUCGCGUGGACUCACAAAGCGCGUGUCGACGAUAUCUGUACAUUUUCUGCACUUGCCCGACCACCUCUAUUCUGAUGACAUUUGCAUUUGAUAGAUCAUCUACAAUGGUUUUGUGUGCGCCAUGGCACGUGGUAGUGGGUACGCAGUGAAUUGUCGUAAUGAUGGGGCUUUUACUUGCACUGCAUGAGAGCACAUAGGCUGGGACCUUACGUGGGGGUUUAAUACAGAUUAACGGUAUUUUUGGAGAAACCUGAAUUGACUGUCGAUUACGGAAUGGGAUUUCAAUCGCUUACGUGCUCCGAAAAUGGUUUUUAAUAAAUAUUUUAAAAUGUUCGAGGAGCCGGUCUCCCGUAACGAGCAGGGUAACGCUGACACAAAGGUCUCUUUAAUAUCGCAAUGAAUGGAUCAUUCAUCAUUGGUAAAUAUAUACCGUUAAAUGCAGCAUGCAGUUUCAUAAAGUUAGUUUCGAGCUAAUAAUAUAAUUAAUUUUUGUAAAGUAUGUAAAGCUGUAGACAGUUUAUCAUACACGUGCUUUGACUGCUUUAUUUAUGUUGUAAGAAUGAAAACAUUUUAAAAGAAUUUCAUUUGGCAAAAAAAUUGCCCCGAGUCUACGAAACAGCUUUGAACUGUAUUAUUGACGUAUGUGCGGGUGUGUGUGUGCCCGGGCAUUUUAUUAUUUUCUUGCAAUAUUUAUAACAUAGACGAUGUGUUAUUAUAGUAUUAUUUAAACGCUUUCGUGUUGCGAUGAAUAAAUUGUAUAGCUCAACGCAAACACAAAAAAAUGUCCCAAUAUGUGCGGUGCACCUACACGUGAGAGACUGCAGAAAAGCCACGUGCUCAGAAACUCGUAAAUGUAUCAACACCCAAUAAAUUAUAUGAAUAAUAAUUUCAACGUAUAGCAUGAUGCGCAACAACUCUUGAAUGCUUCAAAUAUUUAAACUGUUUUGACUUGACUCUGAAGAUGUCUCCCUGCCUGUUUGGUUAGUUACUGGUAUCUGAUGUUAGUUAAUGCUUUUGCAGUGAUGUCAUUAACAUUUGUUUUUUUAAAGACAGAAACAGUUGUCUGACAAGGGCUCACAGAAAGAAAAGAAAAAAAAAACAGGGAGCUUGCU